AAGGAUUUUCACUCUGAGAUCUUCAAUGGUCAUCAUCACACGCGCACUGACCGGCCCCACUGGCUCUUGAACCAGCACCGUUAUCCGGAUUUGUACUGGUCUUUUUUUUAAUUUAGCUCUCCUCUGCAGCCCAUGCAAGGCUGCAGCAUCACCUACAUCCAGGUUCUAACUAUCAGACAAUCGUCACUGACUGGCCGCGGUCUACUGUUCAGAUGUUGGGAGACAAGGCUCAGGGUGUGACUUUGAAGGUUAUGGAAUACACAUAUGACGAUGACCUGGAAGAGCUGUGUCCUGUGUGUGGAGACAAAGUGUCCGGAUACCACUACGGUCUGCUCACCUGCGAGAGCUGCAAGGGCUUCUUCAAGAGGACAGUGCAGAACAACAAGAGGUACACGUGUGCGGAGAACCAGGAGUGUAAAAUAGACAAAACCCAGAGGAAGAGAUGUCCCUUCUGUCGCUUCCAAAAGUGCCUCAGCGUCGGGAUGCGGCUAGAAGCGGUGCGCGCAGACCGCAUGCGUGGGGGGAGGAAUAAAUUUGGCCCCAUGUACAAGAGAGACAGGGCCUUGAAGCAGCAGAAGAAGGCUUUGAUACGAUCCAACGGGUUCAAGCUGGAGAGUGCAGCUCCUCCGCCGGCCUCUCCUCUGCAGACUGACUACGGCUUCACCGGCACCCUGCACAGCCUGCCCACCAUCUCCAAAAGUCUGCUCCCCUCCACCCCGAGCUCCAUCACCCCUACAGACUACGAGGCCAACCUCUAUGGACCCCCAUCUCUGGGCAUGGCCAUGCAGUCGCAUGUGCCCCUCAGCACUCAGUACCAGUACACAGCCUUCCCCGGCAGGGCGAUUAAAGCUGAGUGUCCCGACUACACCAGCUCCCCCGAGUCUCUGACAGGAUACCCCUACCCAGACAUGUACCCCUCAACCUCACCACAGCCCCCCAGCCUGCCACCACUGGUGCUGGAGCUGCUGCGCUGUGAUCCAGAUGAACUGGUGGUGCAGAAUAAGAUUGUUGCUCAUCUGCAGCAGGAGCAGAGUGGCCGGGGACGCCUGGACAAGCCCAGCACCUUCAGCCUCAUGUGUCGCAUGGCAGACCAAACUCUCUUCUCCAUAGUGGAGUGGGCCCGGAGCUGCAUCUUCUUCAAGGAGCUCAGGGUUGGAGAUCAAAUGAAGCUGCUCCAUAACUGCUGGUCUGAACUUCUGGUCCUGGAUCACAUUUUCAGACAAGUGCAACAUGGACAGGAAGACAGUAUCCUGCUUGUGACCGGCCAGGAGGUCGAGCUGUCGUUCAUCGCGUCCCAAGCUGAGGCGACUCUGUCCAGUCUGGUCCAGAGAGGUCAGGAGCUGGCGGUGAGGCUGCGGGCGCUACAGGUGGACCGCAGAGAGAUCGCCUGUCUGAAAUUCCUCCUGCUGUUCAACCCCAAUGUAAAGCUGCUGGAGGACCAGGCAUUUGUGGAGGGUGUCCAGGAACAGGUGAAUGGGGCUCUGCUGGAGUACACCCUGUCCACCUACCCUCAGUUCCAGGAGAAGUUCAGCCAGCUGGUGGUGCGGCUGCCGGAGCUGCGCUCCCUCAGCACACAGGCAGAGGACUACCUGUGCUACAUGCAUCUGAGCGGAGAGGUUCCCUGCAACAACCUGCUCAUAGAGAUGCUGCAUGCCAAGCGAGCGUGUGUUUGAGGGGAUGCUCCACCGUCAUGUGUUGUUUCUCUAGGUGAGACUCUGUGUGUGUGUGUGUGUGUGUGUGUGUGUGUGUGUGUGUGUGUGUGUGUGUGAGGGAAAGUGUGAGUGAGAUGAAAAAAUAAAAUGAAGAUAGACAGGUUGGGAUCUUUGUGAGGGCUUUUGUUUGAGUUAAAAAGAAAACAUUUUCUUUAGAGUUUGGAAUUAUAGAGCUCCAUCUGUAUUCAAGGUAGAUUUUGAAUGUUAAUGUUUUCAUAUCCUGCAGAGCUACAUUAAUGUGACCUUUAUAAACUGGAUUUUUUACCCUGUUUUCAAAAACCUAACGUUAGAUCUGCCUGUAGAGUUACAUUAUAUCCUCUCUGAUCAAAUAUUACAUGAGUCCAAUAUCACAAGAUUUUCUAGAGCUGCCCAGCAAACAUUUAGACAUUAGUCUUGAAAACAUGGUGUCAAAAUGACUGUGGAGAACUGCAUAAUUUUGAAGCAUCCACACUUAAAUAUGUUACAGAUAUCACUGUAAAAUAGUUCACAACGCCACUUUGAUAAGAAUCCUAUUGUGAGAUCUGGUGCUGGGUAGUCUGACGUUUACAUCACAGGAUUGCCUGGUAACACCCGUUGAAUGCUUGCUGGGUGAGCUAAAGUGCACUUUUUAUGGCAGAUUUUAUAGCCUCUUUUCAGAAAUCAAAUUUUAGUGUAAGAAAUUAGCCAUUGUUUUGACACAAAUUUCAGAUGCAACUUUAUGAUUCCAAGGCCACAAACACUGUUUAGAUUAUUACUAUUAUUGUUUAGAUUCUUUUUAGAGAGACUUCAGGAUAACAUGACACACUGUGGUCUCGUUAGACAAGACUAGCAUGCUCUUAUCCCUGCACUUACAACUACUAACAACCGUACAGAAAAAUUUGAAAGCUCUAUGGGGUUCAAUAUAGUUAUGAUUUAAUCUAUUUAGAUGUUAAUAUAUUGAUAUAUCAAAGCCAGACAUGUUAAGAAAAAUACAUUCUUAUUCAGUAAUUCAUCAAACCCCUACCCAGGAAAACAGAAAAAGAAAGGGAGACAGAUGGAUAAGAUGGUAAAGACAGGAAGAGUGAGUGAGAAUGAGAGUAAAACUAUACACAGCAGUGCUUUGUGGGUAAAAAAGUAAAAGGAAGCCAGGGCAGAUAGGAGCAUUCACGCAUCAAUGUGCAAAUGAACUGCAAGUUAACUCGUAGAGAAAAAGGAAGCAUCUGGAAGUGUUUGUGCCUCAGAGAUGACACUGGGAGGGGAAAGAUGCAUCUGGCAACAUUUGGUUCCAAGUUUCUUUGUAAAACUUCAUGUAUUGUGGGUCAAUGCCUCGAGAAACAAUAGACCCCCAAAAAAUUAAAGAUGUCACAUUCAUACUCACAUUUGUGUCACUUUUCAAAACACUGUACUGUAUGUGGACCAGUGGUUGACUGAUCAGAGUGUGUGAAGGCUGAUAAUGGUAUGUUUGUACUGAAGCUGAUAUGAUAGGACCAGUCUAUGAGAGAGACAGUAUUUAACAUGAUGAACACAAUUUUCAUAUGACCAUGAUCCUAUAAAUAAUUCAAUAAAUAAAGUGCAUAUUUUAAACAGAAUUUAUCAUCAGACAACCACUGGAUGAGACUACAGACCUUAUCAGCCGUAUACACAGUAUCAGGAACCUGAACUAUGGCUCUAAGACACUGCACUGUGUACUUGUAGCAGUCAGUGGCAUUUACUGUGUUGCAAAGUAACACUAUUUUGUCCCAUACUGGGCAGAUUUCUUAGAGGUGACAAACCCUUUUUAAAACGCACAUGACUCGAUGCGAUGAUGACAAUGUAACUGAUAUUCACCGGCACUGUCACAAGGGGACCGGCUGAAAGACAAAGACACAUACAAACAGUGUUUGUAAUAUUGUGCAGCUCAAUUUUCCCUCAUGUUCGUCCAUUGACGUGGCAGCCUCCACCAUUUCAAGGUGUCGUAGACAAUCACUCCACCUGCCUUAACUAAAUGUCUGCCUGAAAACACACACACACACACACACACACACACACACACACACACACACACACACACACACCAUGGUUUUCCCGUUGAGACAGCUGUGUGUUAUCACUCUGUACAGUAUAUUUAUGUUGUGAAGUGAAUAUCUACUGCAAGAUGAAGAUACAUUUCAACACCGAAACAGUUCUCCGCUUUAUGUUGAGAUCAAAUCGCUACCGUUGUGGAAUUGAUUCUCUUGAUAUUGCCUUUGUUUUUGCUCUGAGUUCACUUUUUAUUUUCCUGUGAGUUGACAGUCCGUCCCGUCUUAAAAUUAUAGUGUUUUUUCUCCCAAAAUGGAAAGUGACCAAAACAUUUUUGUUUUCUUUAAAUAUAUUUUAUUGUAAUAGCAUCAAACCAAUAAAAUUCAGUGAAGAAAAGC